GGUCAGAGGCUGUAGAUGCGACGUGAAAACUCUGAUACUUGGGUAACUGAUGACAACACCAUUGUGUGUUUAAUUGUGGUGCAUGGAGCAACAGAAUUUGACCCCAAAAAAACAGACUAUUGCAAAAUUACUUGUGGAAAGAACGUGCAUCCAAGUUGCAAUUGUACUCGAUCAGGAAACCGCCAAGAAUUCAAUCUUAAACAAAGCAAUGAAUUUCGCAAAUUAAUCUUGGAACUUCACAACGAAGCAAGAGAUAAAAUUGCUUCCGGAAAUGAAACUAGAUACGACUUGACUUCGGCUUCCAACAUGAUGGCAGUGAGUUACAGUUUAGAACUGGAAUACUUUGCUAGAUGUUUUAUGAGAAACAAAUUUGUGGGUGAACGCGAUAAAGAAAAUUGUGUAGUAAUGUCAAAUGGGCGAAAGGUGGGGCAAAAUCUGUAUGGUACUGUUGGAAAUCAAUCUAAUGUGUCUUGGGUGGAAGAAGCGUUUGAAGAGUGGAUGGAUGAAAUGCAGAACAUACAAAUGGACACCAUUAAUAAUUUCACUAUGCCGGUAGAAGGACAAGCUAAUUUUGAUCAAUUUACACAACUAAUGUGGUCCACUGUUAAUGAAGUAGGCUGUGCACGAAUCUACACAGCUGAUACUAAAAAAAAUAAAUAUGUAGAACCUUACGAGUCAGCUAUUCUCUGUAACUAUGGAAUAACAAUCUUGAAAGAUCAAAACUUGGCACCGAAUACACUAGGCCAACCAGUUUAUAAAAGAGGAAAACCUUGUUCAGAAUGUCCAGAGAACUUGAAAUGUAACAAAAGGUACCACGCUUUGUGUGGUGAAAUUGCUCCUGUUCCAACAAGUGCACCGUAUGCACUUGAUUCUUCAAAAGCUAUGACAAGCAAGAAAUUUAAAAGUUUAACUCUUUUGGUUGUGACUAUCUUCGUAUCGUUUUUAUUGUAGAUAUAUGUAUUAGUAGAAGUUACUCUAAAUUAUUAAUCACGAUUGACUUUCGCGAUUGCACUUUACUAUUAUUACAGGUAUCUGUAAAAAUUACUGUUCCCCAAAUUAAUAAACACGAAAUUGUA